AUGGCGGGUAUGGAGGAGCUGCUGACGCUGCUGUUCAACGCGCUGCUGCUGGUGUUCGUGGUGAAGCUCUUGCUGGCCUUGUUCAACACCAAGAUCAUCGUCAUCCUCCUCUACAUCCUCGUCCUCCUCUUCGCCAUGCUCCUCUCCGGCAGAUUCCCCGGGAGCCGGAAAUGGGGGAAAAAGAGGAGGAAGAAGAGAAAAAGGAACGCCGCCGCCGCCGCCGCCCAUGGAAGGGCCCAAGGAAAGGAAAGGCUCUUCCUUUCCGCUCCCAGCAAACCCAAGCCCCGGACCGGAAGGGAGGCGGAGACCUUGCUCCCUGUCUCACCCACCCUCCGUGCCCGCCUCUACUGCCCUUCUGUUGCACAGCACAGCCACCGUAUACGCUAUGAGUACUGA